GAGCUGUUUCCGGCCACCUCAGCGGGAAGCGGAGACGCAAGCAGCAGGGUUUUAGGCAACUGAGGAGGAGGUGUAACUGUUGAGGCGGCGGAGGCAGGGAAGACGACGCUUACGGCUGCCCGGGCCAAUCUUGGGUCCCAGUAGCCUGUGAAGAUGGUGUUGCUAACGAUGAUCGCCCGAGUGGCGGACGGGCUCCCGCUGGCUGCCUCCAUGCAGGAGGACGAACAGUCUGGCCGGGACCUUCAACAGUACCAGAGUCAGGCUAAGCAGCUCUUCAGAAAGCUGAAUGAACAGUCCCCUACGAGGUGUACUUUGGAAGCAGGAGCCAUGACUUUUCACUACAUUAUUGAACAGGGAGUGUGUUAUUUGGUUUUGUGUGAGGCUGCCUUUCCUAAGAAGUUGGCUUUUGCCUACCUAGAAGAUUUGCACUCAGAAUUUGAUGAACAGCAUGGGAAGAAGGUGCCCACUGUGUCUAGACCUUACUCCUUUAUUGAAUUUGAUACCUUCAUUCAGAAAACCAAGAAGCUGUACAUUGACAGUCGUGCUCGGAGAAACCUAGGCUCCAUCAACACUGAAUUGCAAGAUGUGCAGAGGAUCAUGGUGGCCAAUAUUGAAGAAGUAUUACAACGAGGAGAAGCACUCUCAGCAUUGGAUUCAAAGGCUAACAAUUUGUCCAGUCUGUCGAAGAAAUACCGCCAGGAUGCGAAGUACUUGAACAUGCGUUCCACUUACGCCAAACUUGCAGCAGUAGCUGUAUUUUUCAUCAUGUUAAUAGUGUAUGUGCGAUUCUGGUGGCUGUGAAGUAGUGAAUCCAGUCACUGGUAAGGGAGAACCUAGAAUCCAGCAGGUGUGUGUUUUCAGGAAGCUGAGCUCACAGGGAUGUAUAUUAGAAUCCAAGUGGAACUUCUGCCUCAAAAGACCUUGCAAGAAAAGACAAGUCCUGAAAAUGAAAGGUUACACCUCAUUUAAUGAAGCUUAACCCUAUGUAGAAAGUCUCUUUUGGGGGCAGAGUCUUUCUCUGGGUGCUAAGCCAUGUACGUUAGGGAACAGUAGGUUGUUUCAUGUUGUUUUUCCCUCCCAGUUCAUUCUUAAAACAGCACUGACUGGGGCAUUCUCAUUCUCUAAUGAAGCCAUCAGUGAGAUUUAGCGUAGCCAGCCUGUGCUAGCAACAUUCUGAACUUCCUUCAAAGAAGGCAGCCGUAAUUUAGGAAGUUUUCUGACUCUAAUCAACAUUCCUUUUGUUGGUGACAUUUGUGACUUUCAGUAAUCAGAGCUGUGGAAGGCCUUUCGAACAAGACUCCACUAUGUGAAGGUUAAUUGCUGUGCUGCACAGAUCUUGUCUAUUGGCCCCUGUGGGAAGUUAACCUUUGUUGUUUUCCUUUAUGAUAUUUUGCUUAUUGCACAAUUGCUCUAGGGUUAAGUGAAUUAUAUUAAGAAGCCUUGAUAUUAUAAUAUAGUAUUCCUUGAUUAAGAAGCUAAAAUGUUUUCUCUCAUUUACUUCUUAAACAAAAAUUUAAAUUAACUUGUGACAUUACUUUAUUUUGCAACAUCUGGUUUUCUAUUAAUAUAAGAGUGAGGAUAGCAUAGCCAGAGGCCUAUGGCUUAGUGAGAAGAAAGGCAUAGCUCAUAACUAUAGCUUCAUUCUGCUCCUUUACUCAACUUCCUCUGCAGCAGUUACCCCUGCUCUUGCUUUCCUCCUGCCACAGUUUGCUAACAAUUUUUAAAUUCUCUCGUGCCCAGUAAUUUCAUGUCUUAUCAACAUCCUCUCAGGAUAUUUUCAAAUUUCAAAAUAGAAAAUCUUCAGGUAUACCUUAGUUAAAUCUAAAGUUUUUGAAGAUCAAAUACUCGAACUGCUAAGUACCUUUAUCUGAGAACAUCUCUGAGAGCGCAUCAUUCCUGUUGCAGUUUAUGUCCAUACUCUGAGAAUGCUCUAGGGAAAGAUAACUCAUUUACAGUAGUUCUUGUUAACUAAUAAAAGCACCUAUGAUUUUUCCCUUUUUUGCUCAGGGAUGAUGAGAAUUUCCUUUUACCUUCUGAGGUAGAAUUUUUUAAAUGGGGAGAAUAGGCCUUUUAAAUAAUUAUCAAAAGGGUCUGCAGUACACCCUAAAACUCUUGGACAUACUGCAAAUAUUUCUUUGAAUUAUACAGGAAAAAGAGCCAACUUCUUAUUUCUUACCAUCUUUGGAAAAAAACUUUAACCAACAGGCAAUUUUAUAACCCUAAGGGAUCAUCAAAAUACUGUCUUAAUUGCUGGUAGAGAAAAAAAAAAUUUUCUAUUUCUUUAUCACAAGGCAAGGAGAAAUGCUUAUUUUAUUCCUGAUAAUUUACAAAACUAGAAUAAAUUUUUUUCUUUCUAUUAUGAACCUAAAUCUGCCAAUUGGAAUUUUAUGCAUGAAAUACGAAGUUAACUUUUAUAGAGAAUAAGUGCUUUUAAAUCUGUAAAAGGCUCAUUCCUCAGUAAUGAUAUUGAUUAUAAAAACCUUUUUGAAAGGCUGGAAACUGAGUAGUACCACAGCAUUUGGUGCUUCUAUAGAAGAGGAGAGCAGCUCAUUGUUGAGAGUUGCAUGCUGCAUCCUAAUGAUCAGCAAUGAAAUAAAUACUUCUAGAAUGUACCAUCAAGUGUGAAGUUGUGUUAACUAGUUCCUUAUGUAUAUGUAUCUUUUUAGGUACAUUUGUUUCUUAGUGGGCUAACUAUCAAAGGAGUAGAAUAAAUGGUGAAAAAAAGUCCAGAAAAUGGUUUAAGAUCAGAGCAGUAGAAAAAUGAGAGGAUAAGACUGUGAUAAUACAGUUCCCACUUCUGUUCUUAAUAGGAGAUAGUGGGAAAUCUGAUUAGAUGAAUAUAUUAGCAACCAAAUAAGCGUCUAAAAUAGAUGGGGUUUUUUGAGGCACAUAAAGGAAAGAUAGCUAAUUUAUUUUGGGAAGGAGUGUAGUAAGGAAACUUUCUAGAGGAGGAAAAAGAGCAUUCCAGGCAGAAUUCAGUGGCUUACACAAAGGCCUGAGUAAAGAGAAUGAGGCAUUUUGGGAUGUAACAUUUUGGUUCAGUUUAACUCAUAAGGAUAAUCAGGCAACUGAGGAGAGAGAUGAGGAAGGAGAACCAGACUAGUACACUAUCAUAAAGGGAUUUCAGUACCAUGCUAAGGAGUUUAAUUGCUAUAGCACAGGAUGGCAUCAGAUUUAUAGCUUCAACUGAUUUUGGCUAUAGUAUAAAAGAUACGUUAGAAAGGGAUAAUCUUGGAAGUAGGGAGAUGAAACUCAGUAGCCAUCAAAGGCAGAAUGGAACAAAUUUCAACUGCUUAUUGAGAAAGGAGUGAUCAGAGGUACCAGAUAAUACCUGUUGCAUACAACAUAACUCCUUUCUUUUUGGGGAGCUUACUUAGUUCUCUGAUAGACCAAACUUUUUGAAAUAAGUACUGUUGACUCUGUUUCAUGGGUAGAGAAGCUUUACAAAGGAUAGCACUCUGAGGCACAGAAGAGUAAAGUAAUUUGCUCAGUCACAAAGCUAGAAAGUUGAUGGAGCUAAGAUUUGGUCCCAGACCAUUUGGCUCCACAAACUGCUUUUCAUCACUGACUAUACCACCAAAAAGUCAGAGUAAGUACCAAAAAAGCAUUUUGAAUUUAGCAGCCAGGAACUUAAUCAGACCAGCAGAAAUAAUUCCAGAGAGCGAGGACAGAAGCCAGGUUUCAGUGGGUUGAGGAUGAUGUGAACCAGGAAGUGAAGAUGGAGAACAACUCACACAAGUCACCUUUCUGCUUAUUGUGACACUGCUAAACUUCAUGGCUUGUUAUAAUUAAGACAUCUCACAAAUAUAAAAAUGUAAAAACAUUUAGCAUAUUGUACACACAUCUGGCUUUUUAAAUGCAGUGUGGUUUUUAAGCUUUUUUGUUUUUUGAGAAACCUUUGAAAAUCUGUUGAAAACUAUAUGCCUUUACCCCAGAAAAAUGUUCAUCUGUGUGUGCACACCAAGUAUCACAUACUAUUUCAGGGUAUUCAAGAAUCACAGUCUGUUGAUGACCUACUAGUUGAUGAGCCCUCAGUUAACCCCAGAUGUAUAGCAUGUGGAACUUAAAGGUAGGUACCCAGAAGCCUUGGAAACUGUCCAGCUGUGGUGAAUUGGACAAAUUCUACAGUUUGAACUAACUUUGUGGAUGAGAUAUGUUCUUGAACAAUUGUGUGUACAAAAAUAACUCAAGUACAUUUUCUUAUAGUGCAUUCAGGGUCCUGGUUCUACAGAAAGAAAAAAAUUGUGAUCCCAGUUCCUCAAAAAUCAUAUUUUAAGGAACUUGAACUUUGUAUUUUCUAUUUAUUUAUAUUUAUCAGUAAGAAAUCUUCUUACAAAAGUAAGUUAGGAAAGAAAAUGGGUAAUCAUUUUUGUACACAAGGGAUUUAAUGAAGCAUGUACAAUUUAAAUUUCCACUUUAUUAGGAGUUGUCACAGCUUGAACGCUGGUAGCUGUGCAGUUAAGGCUUUUGGUUAGUGUAUUUAGCAGAACUAGCUGAGUCUGGUUUAGUGGUUUUAUUCCAGGCAGCACAGUGAAAAGACAAAUAGCAUGGGUAUAGAGAUGUUACCACUUCUAUAAUUGUGGAUUAACUGGUUGGACCAAAUAGUUUGUAUUGUAAAGGUCCCCAAAGAAAAGUUUGCAGCAUGUAUGACAUAGUUUGACAUAGAAAGAACAAAUAGGAUCUCAUACCCUACUCUAAUUCAUUACUCUGUGGCAGAUUUGACCCAAUAAUAUCUUAAGGACUUUAGUCACUCAGUUCUAAUAAAGUUUACUGCAAGUGCUGUAAUCAUGGUUUUUUAAAUUAGGAGAUAAUUGAAAUUUUUGUUUCUAUAUAGUAGUCUUGACUUUUUUUUUCACUCACAACUUUACUGAGCACCAAAUAAUAGGAAUUUAUUAUUACAGUCCUUCCUUAUAACUUUUCUGUGCUUGCCAAAGAUCACUUAUCAGAUUUGCUCUAGUGAUCAUAAACUUGCCCUUUUCCACCCUUGCUUUGUAAUACUUCUCCGUUAUUUUAUUUGUCCCUUUUUUGUUUGAUCUCAAUGUUAAUUCAGCCAUUUUCACACCUGAUUCACUAGCAAAGUAGUGUUUUUAAAAGAAAUCUCCCCAAUUUUUAUGUCCUUUUGCCAUUCUCUUUAUUCCCCUCAUUUUUAUCGCUUUCUAUUUUUUUUUUUCAGUUUCUCUAGUUGCUGUUUUUUAUGUAAUGCUGCAGAUUUGCUUCUAUAAGUGAGCUUCAAAAUCAGUUGACUCCCAUAUUUACUGUUUCUUUUUAAGCCUUUAUCUUACCUUUGAUUUCUAUAAUAUACUAUAUUCUUUCAUUUUAUUCAGCAUAUAAUCAACAAAAGUAUGUUUUUGCUCCAAGGAAUCCAUUCAUAAAAAAAUUCACAGUUUUGCAAGAAUUCUGCAAGAAACAAAGUCCUCUGAUUUGUCUUCUGUAUUUAAAACUUCAACUAUUAACUGAGUUACUGAUAAUUUCCAUAUACACCUGUUUGCUUUCUUUUUUGACAGGCAGAGUUAGAGAGAGACAGAGAGAAAGGUCUUCCUUUUCCAUUGGUUCACCCCCCAAAUGGCCGCAACGGUGGCCGGCACGCUGUGGCUGGUGUGUUGUGCCAAUCCAAAGCCAGAAGCCAGGUGCUUCUCCUGGUCUCCCAUGCGGGUGCAGGGCCCAAGGACCUGGGCCAUCCUCCACUGCCUUCCCGGGCCACAGCAGAGAGCUGGACUGGAAGAGGAGCAACUGGGACAGAAUCCAGCACCCCAACCGGGACUAGAACCCAGGGGGCCGGUGCCGCAGGCGGAGGAUUAGCCUAGUGACCCGCGGCGCCGGCCCAUAUACACCUGUUUUCAAAUUUGAAUUUAAGAGUCUAGUUUUUUUCCUGCUUAUGGAAUAUCUGGUUUAUUUUUAAAGUUACUUUUAUUUAUUUGAAAAGUAGACAGACAAGCAGAAAUCUUCCAUGUAUUGAUUCACUCCCAAAAUGUCCACAACAAGCAAGGCUAGGUGACGCUGAAGCCAGGAAACUGGAAUUCAGUCAGUGUGUCCCUUGUGGGUGGUGGAGACCCAACUACGCAAGGCAUCACCUGUUUCAUGAGCUGCCAGCUGGAAGGUGGAGCAGUGCCAGGACUCAGAUCCAGGCACUCUGAAAUGGGAUGUGGGCAUCUCAGCAGCUGCUUAAAUACUCUGCCAGAUGCUUGCUCUGGACAUCUGUUUUCAGUAUCCUAUAAAUACUUCACCGCAAAAUGGUACCCCAUUCCUUUGUUCUCAACCUAACUUGUGCUUCGUACUGUAUUUCUAAAUUUUGGGCAUCACUGCCACCCCUUUACCUGAACUGCAAAUCAUGAAUUACAUUUGGCUCUUUUGUUUUCUUCCAGCUCUAACUCAGCUGUUAACUGAAACUUGACUGUCAUAGCCUGCAAAAUAUUUCUCAUCCAUCAGUUUAUUUCCUUGAGUUCAAGCACUCAUUAAGUUUAACACAGACUCAUAGUAGCUUCCUUACUGCUUUCUUUAUAAAUGUUCCUCUUUGUUCCCAGGAUAAGUAGUAUCAGACAUUUAAGGUAACCAUACAACAAUCCUCAUGGAAUAAAUGAUAGCAUACUUAAUGGUCACCAUUCACAGUCAGGCCUCACUGUACUAUUCUAGCCUCAUCUGCCAUUCCCUAUACCACGUGUAUUUGUUUUAACCACUGUAGAUAGUCUAGGCGUCCUUAACCAGUAAAGCAUGUUACAUGGUGCUUUGGCUCAUUCUGUGCCUUCUCUCCAGAUUAUGUUUUUGUUUACCUUGUCCCCAGCUCUCCCCUCUGAACCUGCUAGCAUUCUGUUCCUCUCUCAAAGACCCAACUCAAGUGACUCCCUAAGCUUUUCUCAUGUUUUUACACCCUUCCGACUGACCUGGGAUAAGUUGCAUUUUCAUCAUCUCACAGCCACUUGUUGAUAUUUCCAGCAUAGAACCUACCAAUUUAAAAUAGCUGUCAGUACAUACUUGUUUGUCUUCCUGGCUGUAUGCUGUUUGAGGCCCCUGAGGGUAGAGGCUAAUUGUUUGUUGUUUGUCUUUGAAUCCUUGGCACUCAGAACAGUGUCUGACACUUUGGAAAUACUCAGCAAAUAUUUGCAGGAUAAGUGCAUUGGAUUUCAAAAAUGUGUACAUAAGUUUUUUUGAACUGAGGUCUCUAAGUCAUGGAUGUAUACAUGUACACAGGAUGAAAUGAGAAAAUGAAAGGAUAAAAUUGUGUCAAUUAAAUAGGAAAAGAAAGAGGCACAUUAAAAAGAAGGCAGAGCAAGGGUGAGCAUUUGGUGCACCAGUUAAGAUGCUGCUUGAAGUGCCCGUGUCCCGUAAUAGAGCACCUGGGUUCGAAUCUGGCGCCACUGCAAUUCUAGCUUCCUGCUAAUACACCCCUUGGGAGACAGCAGAUGACGGCUGCAGUACAUGGGUCUGUGCCAGCCUCCUGGGAGGUCCAGAUUGAGUUCUCAGCUUCUGACUUGGUCCUGGCCCAGGCUUGUUUGUUCCAGGCGCUUAGGAAGUGAACCAGUAGAUUGGAGAUGUCUCUGUCUUGCCGCCUUUAAAUUAAAUAAAAAUGACAAAAAGAAAAAAAAAAAUGAGAGGAACAAUAAGAUUGUAUCCGUAUACGCAAGGGUACCUCAGAAAGUUCAUAGGACAGUAGAAUUAAAAGCAUGAGUUUAUUUUGGUGUGAAGAUUUUUUUUUUUCAAUAAUACACAGGAAAUAACAUGGAAAGCAAACCCUCAGACUUUGUUUCAUGAAAAGAAAUUCAUACUUUUAAUUCCAUUUUCCCAUGAACUUUUUGCAAUGCCCUCAGCACAUGAGAAAAGAAGAAAAUAUAGCAAGUGAAAUUGAUUCUUUGGGGCAGACACAAUUGCAAAGGAGCAAAGGAAAUUAUUGCAGGGAGACAAAUUGGUCUUUGGAAGAAAGCACAAAAAGGCCAGUAGAUCUUGGUCUGGGAAUGUGUCUGGUUAAUCUUCAUGGCUAUGGUUUUUAUGUUGGGUAGAUUAUAUUUAAUGAGUGUUUCAUAGCAGUUAACUACUUACUGAAUUUUCAUCUGAAAAUGUACUUCUAGUGCUAAAUACUUUCAUCAAUAGGCCACGUAAGGAAAGAAAUACUGUACCAUUCUAGAGUUAAGAAACUGGUUUCCGGCUUACUUUCAGGCAGUUUGUACCUGUUAAACUACAAUCAAUGUCUUCAGAGUUGAGUAGGUGUAGGCAGUGAGGUUUGUUGUGCUGGACAUGCAGGGAUAGGCAGUAGGAACAAGAAAGAGGACUUCAGAUUCUAUCUGUUUGCCUAACUUUUGUUUAGCUAUUUGCGCUAAUACAAGAGUGUUUAUUUGCAUACUUAGAAUGAAAAUACUUGAACUUUCAAAUUGCUUUUUCUUGACUUCUUUUUUGUCUUUGCUUUUUUUUUUUUCAUCCUAAACUCACUUUUCCCCAGUAGCAGAGCUAGUCUUUAAUGUUACAAAACUGCUUGCUAAAGAGCCCUUUAAAAAGAAAACCUAGAUACUGAAGGACUUCCAAGCAAAAGUUCUGAGAAAUUCAGCCAAAGCCUAUCCAUUUGCUUAUGGGAUUUUUUAAUAAAUAUAUUUAACUUGAGGAGCCAUCAUUGUGACGUAGUGAGUAAAUCCACCACCUUGCAAUGCUGGCAUCCCAUAUGGGCACUGGUUUGUAUCCCAGCUUCACUUCUGAUCCAGCACCCUGCUAAUGCACCUGGGAAAGCAGUGGAAGAUGGCCCAAAUGCUUGCCCUGUGACCCACAUGAGAGACGUGGAUGAAAUUCCCGGCUCCUGGAGCAAACCAGCAGGUGGAAGAUCUCUAUUAUUUCUCUCUCUCUCUCUCUCUCUCUCUAAUUCUUUCAAAUAAAUAUUUUUAUCAAUUAUUUGAGCACUCUGGGAUAAAAUGGACAUUGCUAAAGAGAAAUAGAGAUUUAUAUAAAACUGUGACAAAGCACUGAACUGUGGUUCAUGUGUCAUUACUUUCAGGCCCAGCCUACCAUGUAAGCAAUAGUACUUUAGGUAAGUUACUUAGGUACCAUGUGCCUCAGUUUUCCCAUGUGAGAAAUGGGAAUGAUAACCACUCUGCCUGCUUCCAGUGGACUAUUUGAGGAUGAAAGGAGAUUAAAAUGGAACAGCAGUUGUGAGAUUUUAUCAAUUUUGAAAUGACCUAUAAAUAUAUCCUGCUGUAUCACUAUUACUAAUAUAACUGUUGAAGAAAAACAUAUCUGACUAAGGCAGUCUGCCUGUUCCUCUGGAAAGCAGACCAGGCUUGAUAAUUAUUUAACUUUUUGGUAGGGCCAUAGGCCCAGGGUUGGUUAUGCUAAAGGAUUAGGGAUCUUGGAGCAGAGUGGGUUUCUUAGGCUAUAACUUAAUGUUCCCAGAAGAGGGCAGCAAAACUCCAAUCUAGAGGCUCUGCCACUUCCUCAUAGUAUCUGGUGCAGGUCAACGUAAAGAAAAUAACCUUUUCAAAAUGAUGACAAAUCUAAUCUUAUAAUAAAUACCACAAUAAACAUUCACUGAUUUCAAAUAUUUUGCCUUUUUCAUGUCUUCUGAAGAAAAUGACUUUUUUUUUUUUAUUAAGAUUUAUUUAUUUAUUUGAAAGAGUUACACAGAGAGAGGAGAGGCAGAGAGAGAGAGAGGUCUUCCAUCCAAUGGUUCACUCCCCAAUUGGCUGCAAAGGCCAGAGCUGCACCAAUCGGAAGCCAGGAGCCAGGAACUUCUUCUGGGUCUCCCAGGUGGGUACAGGGGCCCAAGGACCAGGCCAUAGCAGAGAGCUGGAUCAGAAGUGGAGCAGCCGGGAUGCGAACCAGCGCCCAUAUGGGAUGCCAGCACUUCAGGCCGUUAACCUGCCAUGCCACAGCGCCGUCCCCCAAAAUGACUUUCUUUAAUCUCACUUUAAUGGCUUGAUCUAUAUAGCCAGAAACUUCUGCCCACGUUUUUCCAUUUAACUCCAGAUCUCACUUAGCACCAACUUUGAAAUAAUUUUUUUUGGUAAGAGGAGAGUAAGGUGUUCAGCCCUGAUUCUUCCAAUUUAAGAUGCCCAACGGAAUCCAAAGACUGAUUGCCAGCAGUGUGUAAGUACAUCUGUCCCAGUGUCUAUGUGACACAGAGGAGAAAUUAUCUAUAUCUGGUCUUUCUCAUUCAAAUUUAUUUUAAAAUACCCUUGUGCUUUUCUACCUUUAAGUAGAGAAUCAUCUUGUAAUAACAUGAUCAGCUAGCGCCUAAGAUAAUCUUCCUGGCAUAGUAAAUGCCAUCACAGACUUAUUUUCAUUUGAUCCUCACUCUUACCCUGGGAGGUUGGUAGGCACCACUCCCGUUGGAUAAACUUUCUCAGCUGCAGUCAGUAUAGCUGUUCUGCACUUGAAGAAAAAAGUGCAGGGGGUCGCUGGGCCUGUCAAGAGGGCACCGGGGGCUGGGUGAUUUCUCCUUCCUCAUAAGUGCUGUAAGAGCCGAUUCUGAAUCAUGCGUUUUCUGCCUGCCUUAUUCCAGCCAGAUGUGAGACAGGAAGGCUUUCAAUUAGUUUUUCAGUCCCUUCCACUUUUGCCAGUUCAUUUCUAGCUUUGCUUUUGAAAAAAAAAAAAAAAUGUUUCCCACUCCACCCACUCUACCACCCCCACGUCAGAGUUCUCUUUCCAUUGCAACUAAGCCUCUUCCUGUUCUUCAGAAUUGCACCAUAUUCUUGGCGUAAUACAGACUAACACCCCCACGUUGGCACCAGGGAGCAUAUGGCCUUCUUUAUGGGUUGAAAGUUCUUGUCUGGUGAGCACAGAAUAAGUCACACACUUCCUGACUUUUAGCCCUGCCUGACUGAAUUUGCCUCUGGGAAAAAUAUGCAUAUUCAGAUUUCUGUUUAUUUAUAAAUCCCCUUCACUCCAGGCCUGCCCUGGAUUGAGCAAGAUUAACCGAGUAGGAGCAGUGUGGAUGACCAUUUAGGGCAGAGGGACUUGUGUACACCUUGUAAAAUGAGGGGCAGUCCACCCUUGCUGUUUCUAAUUCUUCACUUCUCAUUUUUCAGCCCAGUCUGAUCUAGCACUGGCUCCCAUUGUACGGAAGGGGCUUUCACUAAGGCCACUAAUGCUGUCCCUGCCCCUGUAUUACCAAACUCAGUGAAUACGUCAGUCUUUAUCUUACUAGACAUCUGAACAGCAUCCGAUGCUACUGACCACAUCCUCCUUGAUAGGCUCACUGGCUUCCUCUCGUUUCCAUGUACCAUUAUUUCUUCCUUGCAUUUGUCAAGGAUCUUAGUAGCCAUUGCAAGCCUGUCUUUCUCUAUUAGCUCUGAAAAUGUUCGUGUGCUAUCCACCCAGUUACUCCAGGCAAAAACCUAGGAUUUAUCUUUUAUUACUUUUUUUGUUCUCACUCCACAUUCAUUCAAUAACCAAUAAUCUCUUUUUAAAAUAUUUAUGUAUUUAUUUGGAAGAGUUACAGAAAGGGAGAAACAGAGAGCUUUCAUCCAUUAGUUCAUUCCCCAGAUGGCUGCAAUGACCAGGGCUGAGCCAGGCUGAAGCCAGGAGCUUCAUCCAGUUUUCCAUGUGAGUGCAGGGGCCCAAUGACUUGAGCCAUCUUCCACUGCUUUCCAAGGUGCAUUAGCAGGGAGCCAGAUCAGAAGUGGAGCAGCCAGGACUUAAAUCAGCGGAUACUGUCAUCACAGGCAGCAGCUUUACCUACUGCAUCACAAUGCUGGCCCCUCAAUAACCAAUAAUGUGUCCACUUCUUGCCGUCCCCACUCUCACUACCUGGCCCAAGUGAUUACCAUGAUUUUUGCACAUUCUUUUUUUUUUUUUUUUUUUUUGACAGGCAGAGUGGAUAGUGAGAGAGAGACAGAGAGAAAGGUCUUCCUUUUUGCCGCUGGUUCACCCUCCAAUGGCCGCUGCGGCCGGCGCAUCUCGCUGAUCCGAAGCCAGGAGCCAGGUGCUUCUCCUGGUCUCCCAUGCGGGUGCAGGGCCCAAGGACUUGGGCCAUCCUCCACUGCCUUCCCGGGCCAUAGCAGAGAGCUGGCCUGGAAGAGGGGCAACCGGGACAGAAUCCGGCACCCCGACCGGGACUAGAACCCAGGGUGCCGGCGCCGCAAGGCGGAGGAUUAGCCUGUUGAGCCACGGCGCCGGCCAAUUUUUGCACAUUCUUUUGCUGGUUUCCUGCUUCCGGUUUUUCUCCCCGUGGAUAAUUUUCUACCAACCACCAGAAGGUUCAUUGUAUAAAUGUAGCUCUUAUAAGUUCACCUUGUCUGUUUAAACUUUAGUGGCUUCUCAUUAUCCUUGAGAUGGAGUCUACAGUUCUUAAUGUGGCUCAUAUGUUCCCCCAGGGUCAGCAGGCUGCCCUCAGUCUGAACUCCACUCCCACUGGACUUCCAGGGUUUCAACUCUGCUUCCUCUUGCUUCUGUGCCUUCACAAAUGCUGGUUGCCUGGAACCAGCGACUACAAGGCCUCAAACAUCUAGCCUGAGUCUACCUGCAAAUUGUCAUUUAGCCUGCAUCAGAACUGAACUUGAUACUGAAUGCUUAAUUCUUGAAACCAGAAUUUACAUGAUCUCAUCCUAUAUGUUUCUCACGUAUUUGAAAAAUACAUCCAAGGUCAUGCUCUAAUGAAAAUGUAUCUGAACUAAUUAACUUAGGGUUGACUUUCCAUAGCUGAAUAUAAAUUGGAACAUACUUUUUAAAUUGUACUGGAAUGUUUUCUUGAUUGUUAUUCAUCAUGACAUUCUAUCUUUGGAAUUUUUCUCCAUUUCCAGCUGGCUUCUCCCACUCACUCUCCUUUCUUACCUCUCAACUUUUACCCUCUGGUUGCCCUACACUUGCCCCCCAGAUGGAUUCAGUUUGCACGCCGUGGUAGCUGCAGUGAGGCUGCGGUUAAAUAGAACUGCUCAGACUGCAACAGGAAAGCCUUGAAUCGAAAGCAAAGGGGAGGAAGCACAAACCAAUACCCACCACAAAGCUGCUGAGUGCCCAGCAUGACCCAAGCCGCACCCUCUGAUGGGGAGUCUUGUGGAAGAGCAAGAAGCCACAGAGUUUAAUAAACCAUCCACACAGCCUAAUCCUCCACUUCCCCUGAUCCAGCCUUCCUGGGUCACUACGAGUAUCACCAGGUAGCAGGCUAAGAACCUGGAUGAUAACCAGAGAUACCAGAAACAGGCCCGGGGGAGGUCCCUGAAGUGGAUAGCUGUGGACAAACUCCCGACUUAGUCCCGCUGAGUGAUUGAGAAGAUCCUGGGUAGGGGAGUAUGUCUGAGCUGCUCCCUGCCUGGAGGAAUUCCCAGAUAAAGGCUGCUAUGUGCCCUAAUAUACCUUUUGCUACCCACCUGCAAGGCUGCCUCUAGUAGUUGCCAAAACCUACAUUUUGUAACUGAAGAUAAACCUUCUUUGAGAUAGUCAAGAAAGCUUUAAGAUAAAAAUGACUAUCUUCAGGUUUUUCCUGAGUUCAGUGGAGGAAAGAGAAUGGAAAUGGAAGCAUCAAAGACAUAAUGUUGUUUUGUGAUUUUGCCCGUGGCAUUCCCCCUUUAUAUUUGUUCUCUUUGCUAUUAGAGGAGAUACUAACUCCUUAGCAGCCUCAAUUAUAGGGAAGUGGGUGAAACAUGGGACAAUGUAGAAUAGCUCAGUCUGGAUUUUAAACACUGGUUAAGGUUGGAAACUCCUCUAUAAAUUCACCUCCUGGCUUCACUAGCUCAGAAUCUGGGGAGGUGAGAGCAGGGUUCUACUUUUGCAACAGGAGAGUAGAGCACAGAGAAGGGAGGUGACCGUGUCAUUCUGCAGGACAGGGUGCUUUGCUUGGCUGGAAGUGGGCUCUUGCAUCCUCACAGAGUGCCAAGCGCACACUUCAGGUAGCAGAACAGGAAAUACCGUGAGUGCAGCUGAGAGAAGAGUGAGAAUUUACUGGGUCCCCAGGCCCGUGAGGUUCCUCCCUCGCAUCUGCACUGGGGUGAGUGAAGCGUACCUUCAGGUCUGCCCCACUCUCUGGCAGCAUUCUCGCCCCCUCUCGUCAUACUCAGCUUCUUUAGUGCCUUCAACCCAGAAAAUAUUGCAAGAUCUAGGUCAUUAUUGAAGUUAAUGGAGGAAUUUUAGGCUCUGUAAGAGGAGCUGUAGGAAAACAACUCUGGAGCAAAGGGAUCUUCUCUCCAAGGCCUCUCUACAGGUGAUUAGAAAUGUGUCUUCUGUUUUGGCAACCCCGACAGCAGUGAGUCAGAAAGGACCUCAUAAAGGACAAAGCAUAGAAUUUGUAGUCCAUUGACUUUGUUUUGAGAUUACCCUCCUAACCCCCUCCCCGUUCUCUAACUUUCCCCCCUCUCUUCCCUCCCUCCUUUCUUCCUUCCCACCAGCCUCACUUCUGAGAGGAAGGGGGGGGGGGGGGUCAUGGACUGGAAAGGGCCUUGGUGCUCAGAGGAAUGCUUCAGUCUUCCCAAGUCUGAGAGCCUGCCCAGAGUUGCCCUACUUUCUUCAGCGGUCAAGGACAUUCUUCAAGUUGUAUGUAACAAUUGUCCACGAUCCAAACUGAAGAGGGAGGCCACUCACUCCCCAGGUGUGAUCUUUUAGCUUGUGGCCUCCCUACUUUGCAGUUCCUUAGACAAGGAAAAUUAACAAUGCGAAGGCAAAGAGGAGGGAGGCAGGGAGUUGUAAAUUACUCUCUGAAAAAGCUUAGCUGUGAAAUAAGAGACGGUUUUCCAGAGAGUAUGUGCAGUAAAGAAUGGUUUUUAUUUUUCAAAACAGAUUUUUUUUUUUUUUUGUAUACUUGAUGGUAGAGUGUACAGUGAAAGACCUUAACAAAGCACUUAAUUCCUAAGCUUUGCUACUUUCAUAUGGGGGAAAGAAAGGAGUUUUUAUGCAGAUUAAAAUUAAAUUAAAACCAUAGGCAUAUUAGUUGCUUAUAUUCUGCAAAGCCCUUUAUACAUGUUACUUUUUAUACUGUUAUCAUCUAGAGACUACAGAUGAGUAAGCCCUGGUCACAGCCGUGCUGCCUCCGUCUCUUGUCUGAUAGGGCUGUCAGAGACAGGCCCUUGAGUGGGCAGGGCUAAGACACAUAAGAAAGAUGUUAAUUAUGGUGUGAUUUGUAUCUUGUUGUGCUUUGAACUUUUGGGAAAUGAUGGUGUGUGGGGGUGUGGGUCUAUCUAGAUGCAGUAAGUUACCAUUGCAUUAUUUAAUUUGCCCUGUAUUCUUAUUUUAGAGUUAUUUUAAAAACAGACAUGUAGAUCCAACCUAUCUCCAAAAAACUCUAAUUUAGAGAAAGCAUUUUGAGAAAUUACAAAGUUACCAUGGGGAAGUGGGUAUUUGGCUUCGUGGUUAAGACACCUGCAUCCUACAUUGGAGUACCUGGGUUCCAUUCCUGUCUUUGGCUCCUGACUUCAGCUUCCUGCUAAUGCAAACCCUGAGUGGCAGUGGUGAUGGUUCCGGUAAUUUCAGUUCCUGUCACCCACAUAAGAGACCUAUAUUGCUUUCUCGAUCCUGCCUUAAGUCCCAGCCCAGCUCCAGCCAUUGCUAACAUUUGAAGAGUGAACCAGCAUAUGGGAUCGUGCUGUCUCUGUCUCUCCACAUCUCAAACAAAUUAAUUAAAGUUUUUAAAAAGGGAUGAAAAUGCCCACGUUGAAAUGCAAAAGGGUAUACAAAUAAGCUUAUAUAUGUGAACUUGUACAUAGACAAAAGAGCAAGUUCAUAGAAAGUUAACUGAUGUUAAUCUACAAUUUUGGUUAUAGGAAGGGUUCAUCUUUUGUCUCAUAUUUGCAAAAUCACAUUCCAAUUUUGGUUUUAUAUAAAUUUGGCAAAGCAAUCAAAAUUCCUGUUUCUUGUUGCCUACAGUGUUUGCACAUUUUUAUGAAAUAAUUCAUAUAAAUCAUAAACUCAGCAAAUUAAUGAAAAUGUUCUCCUCUUGAUUAUUUGGUUUGUAGCAUUGCUUUGAAAUCUACCUCCACUGCAGUAAAGAUAUCUGUAAAUUACACUCCCCCAUUUUCUCUCCCCUUUACACUUAGUUUUCCAAACUUGAGUUGACUUGUGCCUUCUUUUCUGAGCGUCUCUUCCUCUAUUUCCCUUCUCCAUCUCUUAUUCCUUCCCCCUCUUCCCAGGGCCUUUCCAACCUCUAGCUUUUAUUACUAGCCAUCCCUUAAAGACAAUCCCUUAGCAUGCUCAUUCAAGCAUUUCAUGAACAAAUUUUUUGAGGGCACUGAACCAAUCUGGUGUCUUUUUUUCAAGCAGGAUCAAGAAGCCACUUUAAAAAAAGUUUUGUUGAGAUAAUUUAUGUACUAUAAAUUUCAUUUGUUUAAAGUGUACAAUUUAGUGGUUUUCAGCAUAUUUACAGGUUUGUGUAUCCAUCACCGUAAUUAAUUUUGAAAUAUUUUUAUCAGCCACGAAAGAAACUUUGCAUCUGUUAGCAGUCAUUCAACAUUUCUCCCUCCUCUCCCCCUAUACCUUUUCUUCCUCUGACCCUAGCAACCACUAAUCUAUUUCCUGUUUCUGUGGGUUUGCCUAUUUUGGACAGUUCAUGUAAGUUGAAUCAUGCAGUAUGUGGUCUUUUGUGACUGGCUUCUUUCACUGAGCAUAAUUGAGGUCCAUCUGUAUUGUGGCAUCUAUCUGUAUUUCAUUCCCUUUUAUUGCCAAAUAAUAUUCCAUUAUACAAAUAUGUCACAUUUUGUUUGUUCAUUAUUUGACAGGUAUCUGGAUUGUUUCCACCUUUUUACUUUUACAAAUAAAGCUGCUACAGGCAUUUGUAUACAA